UGACGUCACCGAGCGGUGGCGGGAAACCCGGGGGUGGGGGGGAGGUGAAGCGGUCGUGGGAAUGGCUGAGCUGGACUCGGACGCGGGGAGCGAUGAGGUGGUGCUCACGCCGGCUCAGCUCAUCUGCAGUUUAGAGGAGGCUUGGAUGAAUGAGAAAUUUGCCCCGGAGCUGCUAGAAAGCAAAACAGAAAUUGUUGAAUGUGUCAUGGAGCAGCUUGAACAUAUGGAAGAGAAUCUGAAACGAGCCAAACAAGGGGACCUAAAAAUCAGCAUUCAUCGCAUGGAAGUAGAAAGAAUCCGUUACGUUCUCAGCAGUUACUUGCGCUGCCGACUUCGGAAGAUUGAGAAAUAUUUCCCCCAUGUCCUGGAGAAAGAAAAGACUCGGGCAGAAGGAGAACCAUCUAUCUUGUCCCCAGAAGAGUUUGCCUUUGCUAAAGAGUUCAUGGCAAACACAGAGAACCAUCUCAAAAACGUUGCACUGAGACAUAUGCCUCCAAACCUUCAGAAAGUUGAGUUCCUCAAAGCCGUUCCCAAGCCCAACCUGGAUGCCUUUGUCUUCUUGAGAGUGAAAGAGAAACAAGAAAAUAUAAUGGUGGACCCGGAACAUGAUGAGCAGAGAGAUUAUGUGAUUGACCUGGAUGAAAACUCCCAACAUUUGAUCCGCUACAAGACAAUUGCUCCUUUGGUGGCCUCUGGGGCAGUUCAGCUCAUAUAGACCCGAUGGAUUUACAGAUGCCAAUCCUAAGACUGACCCUGUGUGCCUGGGGAGCCAGUUCUUGAUGAAUAACCUUGGGAAUUUAAUUCAACUGGUUUAAUUCCAGCAUCGGAUGCCCGAACGGCUGUUCGGUGCUGCUGAAAGAAUGGUGCGCGAUUCCAUCGGAAACAGGGUCCUAUCCACACCAGAGAAAGGGAGGGUGCUGGCAUUGGAGAAAAGAUUUGGAAAGUGGAGCAGUCCAGCUCAGCAACUUAAGGGCAUGUCCUUACCUGUCCAGCGGGUGGCAGUAGGCCUGCUCCCGAAGGGCCAGAUUCAAGCAAUGGAAUGAAAAUAUGAAAUUGUCUAGUUAAGAGUGGUAACUUUUUUUUUUCUCUAGAGCUAUGAUGGCAAGCCUAUGGCACAGGUGGCACGCAGAGUUCUCUCUCUGGGCACGCGAGCCGUUGCCCCAGUUUAGCUCCGCCGCACAUGCACCUUCCGCUGGCCAGCUGAUUAUCAGGUCUCUGCUGCUUAUGUCGUGUCCCACUCCUCCUCUGACAACCGGGUCGGGGAAGUCUGUAUCAUGCGUGGCCACAAAGCCUCUGCAGCUCUGCCAAAUUCCUAUCAGAGUUCUCAGGACAGGCAGGAGUUCAAGGUGUGACUUCAGCAAUCCAGAUUAGACUUUGCCUGACUCAAAGAAUGCCAGAAAGCAGAUCCUUUAUAUAGGCCAUGGGGUGUGGCUCCAUGACUCAGCACUUAUCCAGGCCUGCCCCUCCCUUCCUUUUGCUGACGUCACCUCUCCAUUCUCCGAAAGCGUGGAUCUGUCCAACCUCCAACUGCCGGCAAUUCCAGCUCCUCAGGCUCACAUGCUGUGGGAGAGGGGUCUAUUUGCUCCGUUUGUCCGGGCAUGGUGCCAGGACUGGGGGCUGGAGGCAUGCCAGGACAUUCUUCUGCACUAUCAGUCUCUGGCAGGAGAUGAGAAGGGCCCGGCUGCGGAGAG